UCCCCGCGGCGGAGCUGCUCCACAGACGGCUGCCGCUGAGCUUCCUCCAGCCGCCGCCAUGCCCGGAGGGCUUCUGCUCGGGGACGAGGCUCCCAACUUUGAGGCUAAUACCACGGUGGGCCGCAUCCGCUUCCACGAUUUCCUGGGAAACUCAUGGGGCAUUCUCUUCUCCCACCCCCGAGACUUCACCCCAGUGUGUACCACUGAGCUUGGCAGAGCUGCGAAGCUGGCCCCAGAAUUUGCCAAGAGGAAUGUGAAGCUGAUUGCCCUUUCCAUCGACAGUGUGGAAGACCAUCUUGCCUGGAGCAAGGAUAUUAAUGCUUAUAAUGGAGAUGAGCCCACAGAGAAGUUACCUUUCCCCAUCAUUGAUGACAAGAAUCGGGAACUUGCCAUCCUGCUGGGCAUGCUGGACCCUGCGGAGAAGGAUGAGAAGGGCAUGCCUGUGACAGCUCGGGUGGUGUUUAUCUUUGGCCCUGACAAGAAGCUGAAGCUGUCGAUUCUCUACCCAGCUACCACUGGUAGGAACUUUGAUGAGAUUCUCAGAGUAGUUAAAUCUCUCCAGCUGACAGCAGAAAAGAGGGUCGCCACACCAGUGGAUUGGAAGGAUGGAGAAAGUGUGAUGGUCCUUCCAACCAUCCCCGAAGACGAAGCCAAAAAACUAUUUCCUAAAGGAGUUUUCACCAAAGAGCUCCCAUCUGGCAAGAAAUACCUCCGCUACACUCCGCAGCCAUAGCUCCCUGAGAUGUGGGUAUUAGAAUGACAUGGGGGCCUGUUGUCAAUCAUGUUUCCUGCGCAACUCUACAGCAACAAACACCCUGGUGUGUUCAUCAUAGCCAGGGCCUGGUAGACGCUAUCCUACAGGCUUAUUAAAUGAAAGUGGCACUAAA